CAGCGGCCAUUAUAAAUAUUGUCACAAUCAUCGUAACGUAUAUAAACUCGAUCGAUUUAAGAUCUUUCAAUAGGAAACGAUGGAUAGCUUUAUUGUUGUUUACUAAAUUCAUUAUAAAUACCCUAAUUUAUCCCUCCUUUUUUUUUUUUUUCUUUAUGCCUUCGUUCUGAGACACUAUCGUUAUGUGCAAGGGAAUGGAUGAUGCAGAGUUUGAUAAUAUGUGGUCGGAUGACCAAAAAAUGAGUGUUAUGUUUUCGGUUUUUCGUGAUAAAUCAGUGAAUCCUCUUUCGUGGGACCAAAAAAUGAAUUUCUGGCAGGUAGCCAUCGAACGUUACUGUGAAAAAAACGAGUUGGUUAUUGUACUUCCGAGUACCUUGCCCACGUAUUUUACCAGAAAAGGUCGGACCCCACAAUGUCUCGAUGUUGUCGUUGCAGAGAUGAAGCGGAUUGGUAAACUGAAAACUUUGUCUGUUUUGGAAGCAGAAAGUGUCUCAAUGGGUUGGCUGUAUUGGGGUUAUGCUAAAUUCAUCAGAAGUCCAUUAUCAUGGGCGGUGAAUUUAGCAUCGAGCAUGAUUUCCAAGAAUAAUAAAUGUCUUGAAGAAAGUGUGAUGACAGAGGUCUUGAAGAAGAAAGCAGAGCAGCUGUUAAGCAUUCACUUAGAACGCGUGCGAACUCACCAGGAGAGUGACAUUAUAGAUUACAAUAGUCUGGUGGAACAACAUGCUGAUCUGUUCAAGGACAAGAGAGAAGUGCCAUUGCUAGUGUCCUAUUUAGUUAAACAGCAGAAGGCUCUCUUAAUACCUCAGGGAAACAACAAAAAUCCUUUAAUCAAGUUUACUGACAACCAGAAUGUUAACGUUUCUCCUGUCAAAUGCACAGAUCUUAAGAUAUAUCAGAUACAGUGUGUUGAGAUUCGAUUGGGAAAACAAGUGAACACUUUGACUGAAGAUAUUAAACGACUUUCUAAAGAAGCUCGAGAACAUGUGAAAAGCAAAUCACGCCAACUGGCUCUUUACACACUGAAGAGAAAAAAGAACUGUGAAAUGAUCCUGGAAAAGAAAUUAGCUACUUUGGAUAUUCUUCAUAGUUUGAUUGACAAAAUUAAAACUGUCACCACUGACCAACAGGUUCUCGAAGCUUAUGCAUGUGGUGUUUCUGCAAUGAAGGUGCUAACCAAAGACAUCAAUCUUGAGAAGGCGGAAAAUGUAAUCGACCAGCUACAUGAUACUCUUGGAGAACAGGAAGAAGUUAGCCACUUGUUGGCCAAUGCCUGGCCAGAUUCCAAUGAAGAUUCUGAAGCAUUAGAGGAUGAGUUGCAGAAAUUGAUCAAAGAAGAGGAAUGUGCUGCAGAAGAUGAGGCUCUUGCCAAAUCACUUUCCAAUUUGAGGAUUCAAGAUAAAUCUUUCUCCAAAGUAUCCACAUCAGAUCCUAUCACAGAAGAAGCAGCUCCUUUGUUGGAGGAAGACGAUGACGAAAUACCAGUUUCUUCUACAAAAUCAAAAUCUAAAUCUAAAUCUAAAUCUGCUGCAGCUCUCCCGGCCUUUUAAAUAUUAUUAUUAUUGUUGUUAUUAUUAUUAUUGAUGAUGAUGAUGAUGAUGAUGGUGUUUGUCCAUUUUUUUUUUUUUGAUGAUCAAUUGAGCAUUUUUCUCACUUCCCUCCACCUUCAUUCUCUAUUACUUAUAGCCUUUGAAUCAUUAUGGACAGUUUUCAAACAUGCUUGCAUGUGCACCCACCCACUAACACACACACACACACACACACACACACACACAUAUUACCUGCAUGAAGCCAUGAUAUGGCAUUUACACUUUAGACUUGACAUACAUGGAUCUGUUGAACACUUUAAUGUAUUCCCACUCCCCCAUGUCAAAUUAUGAUCAAACAAGAAACGUGUGUGUAUGUAUUGAUAUAUCCAAAUAUAAAACCAGUACAAAUUUGCUUCAAGUGUACAGUUAAUUACAGGUAAUUGUUUAUUUACAGUGAUUUACUCACCCCACUCCCCUACCUCGAUAUACUGAUAUAAAUAAUAAAUUCAACUUCUAUUGUGACGAAAAAAAAAAUUGGUGAAUGAUAUUCCUUUUUAACAUCUGAUUAUUUUAAUGUAAUAUCUUAUGAAUUCCAAUUCUCAAUAUUUUAAAAUUUAACUGCUGAGAAAAUUUUAACUACAUAAAAAUACUCUUAAAAUUCUUGAUCAUUCUUGGUUAUUAAUGUAUGUGUUAAAAAAAACACACAUGUUCACACAUUAAACACAAAAUUAUUUGUGUUCAGAAAUUUUGUUUAAAUUAAUAACUGUUAUUAAAAAUUUCAUAUUUAAUUAAUGUUCUUUGGCUUUCUGAUGAUUCUUACAAAACAUCAAUCUCUGGUGUAAGAGGUACUCAUUUAUUUAUUAAUUACAUGAAUAAUAUUCGUAUACUGAUUCUAUAAAUCUUUUAAAGAAGACACAUAUCAAGCACCUGUUUUUUUUUUUAUUAUUAACUUUUAACAGAAGAGUGUGGGUCUGAGUGAGUACAUAUAUAAAUUAAAAAAUGGCAGAAUUCUACUUUAAGCACCCCAUAUAACCCCUCAUAACUUUUUUAUUUAUUAUUUUUCUUUUUGAAUUUUCAGAAAUAUUUUGCAAAUAUUCUACUCACAGGAAUUCAUAUGACUAUGGAAAAAAUAUUUUGUUUCUUUAAAUCAGUUUAAAAUACAGACAGUUUGAAUUUUUUGCUUAAAUCCCACCAAUACAUCAUUAAAUGUGUUUAUGAGGAGAAAGAUUUUGAAAUUCACCAAUACGUUAAAGUGACAAACAAACAAGGAGAGUAUCAGGUGAUCAUGAGAUGUGCUAAAAAUAACAGCUAAAUAGCCCUUAAAUAAUAGGCAUUUUCCCCCCAUGAUUGUAUAAAUCCCCAUAUGUAGAUCACAAAUUUGCAAAAAUUUUCUGAAAAUUCCAAAAAA